AUGAGUAAGGAGGAGGUCCUCAAGAUACAGACCUGCGUGCUCAAAGUGAACAUCCACUGUGAUGGCUGCCAGAAGAAGGUCAAGAAGAUCCUGCACAAGAUCGAAGGGGUGUACCAAUCCAGCAUAGACCCGGAGCAGGGGAAGGUGACGGUGUCUGGCAUGGUGGAUCCGGACACCAUCAUCAAGAAGCUGACCAAGGCUGGCAAGCCAGCCGAACUCUGGGGGUCCAAGGCUGGCAUGGCUAACCAGUUCCAGAAGCUCCAACUUGACGGUGGUGGCAAGGGCCAGGCCAAGGACGCCGGUGGCAAGGGCCAGUCCAAGGACGCCGGCGGUGCCAAGGGCCAGAAAGGUGGUGGCGGCGGCGGUGGCGCCGGAGGUGCUAGCAAGGACGCAAAGAUGAUGAUGCCGCCGCCGACGGCGCAGCAGCUUCAGCAGCUGCAACAGCAGAUGCAGAUGAAGGGAAUGAAGCUGCCGCAGUUCAUGGACGGGAAGAUGCCGUUCGCAGCGGCCGCGCCGAUGAAGGACCCCAAGUCCGUCAAGUUCAACCUCCCACCAGAGGAUGAGUUCGGGGACGACGGCAGCGAGUUCGACGACGAGUUCGACGACUUCGACGACGAGGAUGAUUUCGACGAUGACGGCCUCGACGACGACUACUUCGACGACCCCAAGAUGAUGAUGAAGCCGAUGGCCAUGCCACCGAACGCCGGUGGGGGGGACAAGAAGGGCGGCAACAAUGGUGGCAAGAAGGGUGGCAACGAGAUCCCCGUGCAGAUCAAGGGGAACCCCAACAACGGCGGUGGCGGUGGCGGUGGCGGUAGCAAGAAAGACGCAGGUGGCAAGCAGAACCAAGGUGGCGGGGGCGGUAACGGCAACGGCGGGGGCAAGAAUGGAGGCGGUGGCCAGGCGAACAACGCCAAAGGAGGAGGAGGAGGCGCCCCGGGCGGCGGGGGCCAGCCGGGCCAACCUGGGAAGAAGGGCGGCGGCGGUGGCCCCGGCCUCGGUGUCGUUGGACCGAUGGGCGGCAUCGGCAUGCCGCCGCAGCAGCAGGCCAUGAUGAGGCCUAACAUGAUGGGCGCUGCUGGCUUUCCUGGUGGUAUGGGCCCGAUGGGAGGGCCCAUGGGCCACCACCCCCACAUGGGAGGCGCGCAGGGCGGUGGCGGAGUCGCUCAUGGCAUGCCGGCCGGCGGCAUGCCUCCACCUGGGUUCUUCCAGGGAGGCGCGGGCGGCGGCAUGCCGUCCGGCCCCGCCGAGAUGAUGCAGGCUGCCGGGAACCCCAUGGCGCAGCAGCAGUACAUGGCCAUGAUGCAGCACCAGCAACAAAUGAUGAUGCAGCAGCAGCAGCAGCAGCAGCAGGCGGCGAUGUUGAACGCGCACGCCCACCCCCACCCUCACCACGGCGGUGGUGGCGCUCCGGCGGGGUACCCGGCGAUGCCGAUGGGGUACGGGUACGGGCGGCCGCCCAUGCCGUACCCCAUGGCGUACCCGAUGCCGAUGCAGCCGCACCCGCACGCGGACCCUUACAACUACUUCAGCGACGAGAACCCCAACAGCUGCUCGGUGAUGUGA